AUGGCUCAAUUAAAGAAUGGGACAAAGUCCCCGAUCCAACCGGCUCAGAGGGUAGCGAGCUCUACAAUGGAUGUGUGGUCCAUUAUCAAUGCUGCUGCCGCAACUACACCUAAUCAGCCUGUGGUAAACAUGGGACAAGGCUUUUUUGGCUACAAUCCUCCUCAGUUUCUCAUAGACGCGGCCAAGAGCGCGGUAGAACGCCUCGACUGCAACCAGUAUGCUCCUCCAAAGGGCCGUCCUCGUUUGCGAGAGGCCAUUUCCAACGCAUACUCUCCUUUCUGGGGCCGCAAGCUGUGCCCUGAGACAGAAAUUACAGUUACUACCGGCGCCAAUGAAGGGUUCCUGAGCUGUUGCAUGGCGUUCCUCCAAGAGGGCGAUGAAGUCCUACUACUAGAACCAUUCUUCGAUCAAUACAUCAGCAAUAUUGAGAUGGCUGGCGCCAAGGUUGUUUCUGUGCCAUUACAACCGCCAAAGUCUGGCAUGACAAAAACCCAUUCCGCUGGCGAAUGGACCCUUGAUAUCGCCGCUUUCCGGGAUGCUGUCACUCCUAGAACGAGAAUGCUCGUAUUAAAUACACCCCACAACCCCCUGGGAAAGAUCUUCACCCCCAAGGAGCUCAAAUUAAUUGCAGACGUCUGCGUUCAGAACAACAUUCUCAUCAUCUCAGAUGAGGUUUACGACCGACUAUUCUAUGUUCCGUUUACUCGCAUUGCGACUCUAUCACCGGAGGUUGAGAAAAUCACACUAACCCUCAGUUCCGCGGGAAAGAACUUUUACGCCACCGGCUGGCGAGUCGGCUGGGUUAUGGGACCCGCGGAGCUCGUACAAUAUGUCACAAAAGCACAUGCGCGAAUCUGCUACUGCUCUCCGUCACCACUCCAGGAAGCAUUUGCGAUUGGUAAGUUUGAUACUUGGAUCUUAUCCCGAUCCAGUAAAUAG